GUAUGUUCUGGGGGGGAAGAAGAAAAGUUCACACGUGUUUGUACCACUAGCCACAAUUUCCACAUAUAUCUUUAUUUCUGAAAUUACUUGGAGUACAACAAAAUUAAAAUGCCGAAGGUUAAAGCAGAAAAGAAAAGUCGCCAACACCAAGAAGUUAAAAACCAAGGUAUUAUGUUCAACACUGGUAUUGGACAACACAUCCUCAAGAACCCUUUAGUUGUUAACGGUAUCAUAGAGAAGGCUGCUCUUAGGCCAACAGAUGUGGUCCUUGAAGUGGGACCGGGUACAGGAAACAUGACUGUGAAACUGCUAGAAAAGGCUAAAAAGGUUGUAGCUUGUGAGUUGGAUUGCAGAUUGGUGGCUGAACUUCAGAAGAGAGUACAAUGCACGCCAAUGCAAAGUAAACUUCAGAUUUUAGUUGGUGAUGUACUGAAAACUGAUCUUCCUUUCUUUGAUGUCUGUGUUGCAAAUUUACCAUACCAGAUUUCGUCACCCUUUGUCUUCAAACUUUUACUCCAUCGGCCAUUCUUUAGAUGUGCAGUAUUGAUGUUUCAAAGAGAGUUUGCGAUGCGUUUAGUUGCUCAACCAGGAGACAAGCUUUACUGUAGAUUGUCCAUAAACACACAGCUGUUGGCUCGAGUUGACCAUCUCAUGAAGGUGGGGAAGAAUAAUUUCCGCCCUCCCCCUAAAGUAGAAUCGAGUGUUGUCAGGAUAGAACCCAAAAAUCCUCCACCUCCAGUAAACUUCCAGGAGUGGGAUGGUUUGGUCAGAAUAGCUUUUGUGAGGAAAAACAAAACACUCAGUGCAGCAUUCAAGUCUUCAGCAGUAGAGCAGCUGCUUGAGAAAAACUACAGAAUCCAUUGUUCUGUACACAAUGUGCCUGUACCAGCUGACUUCAGCAUUAGUAAUAAGAUUGAAAGUAUUUUGCAAGAGGCAAACUUCAGCGAAAAGAGAGCUAGGUCCAUGGACAUUGAUGAUUUCAUGGUACUACUUCAUGCUUUCAAUUCUGCAGGGAUCCACUUUUCUUAAGACAUAGAGUUCCUUUAUCUGUCAUGGUGAAUUAAACGUGACCUGGAGGCACAAAUAUUAGUCAUGGAAACUCCUCAAUAUCAACUUAAAGUUUAUGGCUUUACUUUCAACAAAUUACUUAUGUUGUUGCAAGUGUGAUAUCAUGGACAGAAAAUGUAAUUGUAAAUGUAAAAAAGUUUAGUAUUUGUAAAUGACUAUUUAAUCAAUGCCAAAAUACAUUUUAGUUAAAUGACUGUUUCUUUCUUUGCAAUACUAAACCAGUUGUUGAACUGAACUUGGUAACUUGUCUGGACUCUUGCUCUCCUUGUCAUGCACAUGAUGACCUGUGAAGCAAAACAGGAUUUUUUUUUUAUUCUAUAAUUACAUUUGGUGGGUCAGUUGUUUUCACAUGUAUUAACAGUUCUAUUCUUCACAAAAUGGAGGACUUUAACAUUGGGUCAUUUGACAGUUAAUGUGACAGGGCACAAGUUGAAGCAAACUACAAGUAGAAAUCUCAGACAAAAGAAGCAAUGUGGCGCUACGAGCUCUUAUUAAACUAGCUCAGAUAAGCUCUGGAAGAAGGGAAAUAAAGGUUUAUGAGGCUGAUAAAUUAUGUAAAAAUAAUUGCAUUCGGCCAAAACAGACAGAUGUACAAAAUGCUACAGUACACCAUCACAGUGCAAUCAUGCAAAAAUGUUAACCAGAGCAACUGUAAACCAACAACUGGUUUUGAGAAGGAAAACAAAGAACAUUGUUUUUUAAUAAGAAGAUACAAACAAGUAUAAAAGAAAAUAAUUUAUGUAAAAGGUCAGGUAAACAUAAUUCUUCAUAAAAAAGAAACCUUUUCCUCCCUUUGACUAGAGUGAUCAACCGGCUGAAUUUUAGCAAUGGGUUUUGACGAGUACUUAUUUAUCAUCAGUGUUAAUGGCAGUCCAAUUUAUGUCCAACAGCUAGUGGUUAUGUUUUCAUGUCACUUCUGUCUCUAAAGAGCUCGCGGCCUCUUGGGGUUGAUCUGCUUACUAGCUUGCUCCUCCUCUUGAAGGGCAGAGCGGAAUGACUUCACUUUGUCUGUUGAAAGAAAUAGCGGAAACAUGACUACCAUAAAAAGGUUAUUAGUGGCUUUUAAAAAGACUUCUAUAGAUCUCUUGGUUGCUGUUCUAAAGCUUUUACAGUAAUUCUUACCUCUGAGCUCCGUGAGGAUAUCUAUCUUCUGGUCCAGGAUCUGUUCAAGUUGAGUGGCGUAAGACUCCACAUCAUAGUCCACCUCUUCGGUCAUCUCUAGCAGCACUUUUUCAUCUUCUAACCACCGAAUGGACUCCUG